GCACCUUUGGCGCCUACCUGUUCAAAUACUGGGAUAGCCCAUUCCGUGUUAUAUCCAGACAAUCCUCUGUUCAGAAUAUCUAGCUUUCGCGCGUAUACAUCUGUCAAUCACGAUAAGAUCACACAACGAAUAUGCGCCCUGAGUAAUAGAAUCACCAAAAAGCAUGAUGCAGUCCUGUACAUAUGCCGCCAUGGAUGAAGACUGACAGGGGCAAAAAGGUAAAGAGGUAUGUACAGCCGCAAUAUAUUCUCAGACGAAUUACUUUGUUCUCAACCGUCAUGACUGACUCAAACUCUCGCAUAUCGAUCUCUGUAACGAAUAAGAGAGCCUUCAUCUGGGAGGUUGACGAUAUCGCCGUAAUUCGAUCUAAAUAUCGCAUUUGCGGUAUUCUAACCGGCACUCUGCCCCAUGUCUCCCAACAAAACGUUUUUCUUGGUGUUCCCUUAUCGCUUAUGCCAGAAGAAGUGGUUCUGCUUGUCGAAAAUGAGUCAGCCGUCCUCGUCGACGAUCCAAAUGCAUAUCCAGAACCCUCACUCGAACAGAUCACAGAAUGGGAUUCAGCACGUCUCGAGUCCAUUCAAAAACAACUUAAUAUAACUGAAUCACUCAAACAUGCUUCAAGCCUCAAUACACGUUCCAUGUCGGAGGAAGCUAUCAGGAAGAGACGCGAGCGAAAGCAGAGAAAGACAAUACCUGCGGAGGAGACGGAACCCUCUCUUAAAAUGUCUAUGUCCGGUCAUCCAGUCCAUAGCAUCGUUAUUCCUGCAUCAUCCUCAUCCACAAAAUGGUACUCUCCUGGCACGUGCACGUACGCCUCCAUCGAUUCUGCAAAGGCCGCCGGGAUAUGGGAUUACCCUUCAAAUCUCCAUGAACGAGCUAAAUGUGGUGUUUUCAGAAGCUUGUGGGAGCAAGGAUAUUUCAUGGGUGGAGGUAUCAAGUUUGGCGGAGAUUAUUUGGUAUAUCCAGGUGACCCCAUGAGGUAUCACUCCCAUUUUACUGCUACGGUUAUCGACUCUCCUUUGUCUGCACUCCAGCCAAUGGAGAUUGUUGCCCACGGACGUCUAGGCACUGCUACGAAAAAGGCACAUCUCAUUUGUUGCUGGGAUGAUAAGAAAAAGGAAGUGACACUGAUGUCUAUUGAAUGGGGAGGCUUUGGUUGAAAAUGAUUCCAUAUACUGUAUCGUGUUAUGGUAUUAGACAGUAAGACAAAAGGGGAGGUCCAAGAGCGACGCAUUCACAAAAUCAGUCCUGUUUACGGGUGCUAAUUCUGAAUCGACGCCUUGGUUGAGAAAGGGAGGUGAAUGUAUUCAUUUCCAUCGUUCCCUCUUCAGCAUUCUCCGUUACGUCGCUGACUGCUCUACCGCGUCCCAUGGGCUGGCCUCCUACACUUAAGAUGCUUACUAUAGCAUCAUCGAUGAAUAAGACUAAAGCGAAAACUGGUAUUCGUAUCGGUACGAAGGGUGAUGGAUGUUUGAUGGUAUCGUUAGGAUCGUCAGUGCGUCGUGACUU